GUGGUUCCCCUGGCAACCCCUCCGGCGUCGCCCGCCUCCCCUCCGCCACCCCGCCGCCUACGGCGAGCGACGAGCAGCAGAAGAGGCCGGCGCCGGGAAGAGGCGAAGCGCGCCCCUGCCCCGCCAUGGAGAGACGGGGGCUGCACAAGCCCAAUGACCGUUCAGAAUCUGAAGUGGAGGAAUCUAGCAUAUCACGAGCUUCUGAACCAUCUGAGGACCAUACACCUAUAGUUGAAUCCCCACCAUCACUGGAUGACUUACCUGGGGUUGAAACACCAGCAUCUGCAGAACAGCCAUCUAUAGUGGAAUUGCCAGUGUCUGCAGACCAGCUGGUUGUUGAGAAACGACCAGAUUCUGAGGACCAGUUACCUGUCAUUGAAUUUCCCGCAUCCAGGGAAAACUCACAUGAGAUUGGAUCACCUGUGGGUGAACUGCCAGGUUUCAAAGUCAAGAUGUACAUGUCUGACUCCACACAGGCUGGCGGUAAAUCACCUGAGGCUGGGUCAUCAGGAACUGUAGUCAAGCCAACGGAGACUACAUGUGAAACAUUGGAGCAGCCAAUGGUAUAUGAAGACCCCUUUGAAGCCUCCAUUAAGUACAUGGAGAAACAUAAUAUUUUGCAGAUAUUUCAGGAGAUCACAGAAAAACUGGUGUACCAGAAGCCCGAUGACCCCUUGCAGUUCAUGUUGCUGCAGGUGCAGUCUAUGAUGAAUGCCAGGCAGGCACAAAUGGAGGGAAUAUUGGAGGAGAAUGAAGAUGCGGAGGUGUUUCUGGAAGAGGUUCUGUGCACUCCUUUUGAACCCUACUGACCUUGCUGUUGCGGUAUUGCAUACGGCCAUCACAGCACCGCACUUUUGUAGUCGUUGGCAGUAACUUGGAACAGAUCUGCUUGUACCUCUGUUUCCCGAUUUUUUCUGUUCUGUAUGCCGGUGCUUCCCUUUGGGUUUAAAUCCUGCAACCAAGUAUUGGUUUGGAUGUACAAACUCAAAUCUUAAAGUGUGCAUGGACCUGCAUGCGCAUAUGACUCAUCUUGAAGAGGCAGGUCUGCUGAACUCCUGUGCAGUCUGUGCAUACAAAUGCGUAAAUCCCACAUUUAGGCCACCCCUGGAGUCUGCUUUUCUGUGCAGAGAAACCUCACAGCUCAGACAGUGCAAGUGCAAAAGCAAGUAGAAUUAAAAAGCAGCUCUGGAUGACCCACAGGCCUCUCUUUUUUUCAUGCUGCAUUGGUGGCUUACUGUCUCCAGCUAUGCAGUAGCACCAAUGCCCAUCUAAUACUUUGAGAGGCUGGGUCUGUGGCUUUCCUGCUGUCCCCAGAGCUCCCGUGAUGCAAGAAGUUGUCUCUCUGCCUCUUCUACACCCUGGGCACAGCUGUCUCACCCUUAACCAUCCCUGCUGGGUUCUGAUCACUCUGCUUUUUGGGGUUGCCCUGCUUGUAUCUUUGCAAGUACGGUGUAUAUUUUGAAAAACAGAACAGUAAAGCAACAGUUCCACGUACCCUCUGUGGCUUCAGAAGACAUUGUCUCUCAGGAAUGUGGGAGGUGAAUAAAACUAAACAAACAAAAAACAAGCACUAGUAGCCCAGAAAAUUCAGAGUCAAAGUACACUUUGCAAACAUGUAAUUUAAACUGCUUUCAAUUCUCAAAGCACUUACAAUCCUCAUUUUCGUACUACUCAAGUGUCUCCACCCUGUAAAGAAAAUUUGUCCUUCUUUUUCUUGUCUCUUUCCUGAAGAUUAUUGAAAAUGUGCAACAGAGCGUUCUGUUAUUUUGGCUUUGUUUCAUGUGUAUGUGCAGUAGGUGCCAGAAAGUUUUUUGUCACUACAGACUUUUCUCUUUUUUAGGCAAGUGCUCUAAUUUCAUGACGGAUGGUAGCGUAUUCCCAAAUGACUGUCUCUAUGGUUAUGAAAAGAGCACCAUAGAAACUUAUCUUCCAUCUAUCUAUUUUCAGCUAAGUCUUAUGAUUAGGUUUUGUGGUACUCCACAGCAGAGCUUGGGCUCAAAAAGCUUGACAAUAUCAGAGGCAAGUAUUUGGCAUACAAAUUCUGUGUUGCCUUUCUGUCCAAGGCUCUCAGAAAAGAUCAGUUAACUCAUGUGUUCCAGGUUAAAGGCAGGUAAGUACCCCUGUCAUUCAUAGGGCAGGAAGUUUUUCAAGGUUAUUGUGAGCCUAAAAAAUGGCUUAAGAUUCAGGUAAAAUCUUCAUGGGUUUUAUAAGAGGUUUGAUGUAGACUUAAGCAUCUAGAUCCCGCUGAAGCAGUGAGGUACUUUGAAAGCCCUACUUACCCUCAGCAGCUGGAAGAAGUUGACACUUAAUGAAGCAGAGAGUGACUGGUUUUCAGCCUGAUACAUCUUUGACCAAGAAUCAAGAAUCAAAGCCUUGUGCAUACACAUGAUGUGAAUGUAAGGGAAGUGCUAAUGCACCUCUGUGAAACGGGAGUGUAUGGAAGAUGAACAUACUGGCUGAAGCCUUUGCAUCUCUAUGGUCACUUGUCAGCAUGUUUUCCCAAGAGAUGGAGAUGUUGGCAUGUCUUUGGAUUUUGUUGUAGAACAGGAUUAAGGUGCUUUUGGGUACAGCUUUAGCUGUGAAUUUCCUGUUUCUAUUAUUUCUGCAUUGUAUUUUGUUGUUCUUUUUUACUUACGAAAAACUUUUGAGUUGUAAUAUGUUUUCUGACUAUAGGCGUGUGCCCUCAACGUCAAGUCAGCGUUAAGGGAGUUAUGCGAGGAAAGAUCCUUAAUUUCUCUUUCAGAUAAGUUGAAGUGAGCUGGAGUGUAGUCUUCCUACAGAUGACAAAAGUUUUGCAAGAGAGGCCCUACCCAGACUUCCUCAGCAAUAUCAAAGCCAAAAUUUUCCUUUGGUGGCCUGGCCACAUUAUCUCAUGCUACCAAAGUUGCUGCGUGGUAGCAAGAACUCCUCCCCAGUGCAUGUAAGAGACAGCAGCUGUCUUCUCUUUCUCAGGCUCAAGGUCCCUCUACUUUGAGGAGCAGCGGUUGUAUAGAAAUGAAUGCGGCUGCGCUCGGGAUGGCUGCGUGGGUCUGCAAUUGGCUUGUGUAGGUGGCAAGAGACUGUGGAAGGCAGUAGGCCAAGGACAGCCCUUCAGCUUUGACAGACUUAGGGUGGAGUUGAUCAGCCCCGAGGAAGGGCUUUGACUGGAAAUAUUGGGGAACCCCUCAAAGAAUCAUAGAGUCAUUUAGGUUGGAAAGGACCUUUAAGAUCUUCCAGUCCAACCAUUAACCUAUCAUGAUCUAUCUGAGAAGAAAUGUCACUUCCUCAAGCCUCUCAGAUGAUUGGAUUGUAUUUUGAAUGGCAUUUAUUGAAGAAAAAAAUCCAGGAACUUAGUUUUAUGACAACAAAAAAACAUCUUCCAGGUGUGCGUGUAGGCUAAUGCAAAACAGCUGUCCUUUCUGAUUUGCUCCAGAGUUUUUCUGAAAAAUACAUCUUAGCUCUAGCAAAAUUCUACCUUACAGUAAGGCACUAUUGCACCACUGCUCUUUGUAUGUGUGAAGGCUUAUCUGUGGUGAAGAAAAGGAAAGAAGUUAGAUUUAAAAUGGAAACAUUUACUGUAGUCGUAAUUCCAGAGGGACUUUCCCUUUUUCCACCAUUUCUUUCCCAAACCAUUGGAUCCGUGUUUCUUCUUCAUAAGUGGACAUUUAUCAAUAUGACAUUAAACUGUCAUUACAUUUCUUGCCUUGGGUGCUCUGAAGGAAUUAACAGUUCGUUGUGUGUAACCAAAAUUAUUCCAUAUAAGUCCUUAUAGCGCGCUAGUCACAGUAUAUUUGAAUGCCCUCCAGUAGUGUGCUAAGCAACGUGACUAACAUCUGUUGUUUGUUCUUUCUCCUCUCCACAAGGGAGAUGUCUGUGCACCAAAGUGCAUUCUUUUUAAAAGGGUGUUUUGUUUUUUUUACCCACACCUGUGUAUUGCUGUGUGCUUCUAAUGGAUAGGGAUAGGUCACGGAGUAGAAGGUGGGGAGUUCAGAGAUAGUUUGUAGUUCCCAAGGGUGUUUCCUCUGUAGUUUGAGCUCAGCACCAAGAGAGCAUGGUAUUUUCAUAGAUGAGAUUUUUUCAUUGAUCCAUGGACAGGUGCAGAAACAUGACAUCCAGUUCAGCUGCCAAAUAGCAUGGUCUUGUGGUGUGCGGACCAUUUCUGUCAUGAACCUUGUACUCCCCUAGAAGCAGGAUGCAAAGGGGCCAACCAGAAAGGCAGCGUGCUCACUGUGAAAUAGGUGUCUUGCAUCAAAACACCAGUUUCUUUCUCUGCCAUCUCUGUAUAGAACUUAAGAUGAAUAAGAUCUUAUAGAACUUAAAAUGACUCAGAUGCCCCAAGCAAUACUAAAGUUGCCUGUGUACUGCCUCUAACCAAUUAAAAAUUAAAUAAUGCUGAUUAA